UUGAAGCAGAGGUCAUAGAACUCAGAGAGAACAUGCUUCAAGGGGAUAACACUGUCCAGAAACUAAAAGAAGAGAUGAAACAGUUCAGGGAGGAGAGCAGAACAUCUAUUGCUAAAUUAGAAAGCAGAAUGGACAAACUGAGUCAGACAAAUGAUGACCUCAGAGACCACCUGAGCACAACAGAGGAGCUAGAGCAGAGAGAGAGGUACAUUGACCCCCUCAACCAGCAGCUAGUCAUUAUGUCCUCUGCAUCUAGAGAACAUGUCCACCAGCUUGGUACAACACAGACAGAACCUGAGACAAGAAUAACCAGCAUGGCCUCCACCACAAAGCCACAUAGCCUGCUCCAGCCCAGAUUAGCCAACUAGCCUCCCAGUCUGCUCCAGCCCAGGUCAGCCUACCAGCCUCCCAGUCUGCUCCAGUACAGGUCAACCUACCAGCCUCCCAGUCUGCUCCAGCCCAGGUCAGCCUACCAGCCUCCCAGUCUGCUCCAGUACAGGUCAACCUACCAGCCUCCCAGUCUGCUCCAGCCCAGGUCAGCCUACCAGCCUCCCAGUCUGCUCCAGUACAGGUCAACCUACCAGCCUCCCAGUCUGCUCCAGCCCAGGUCAACCUACCAGCCUCCCAGUCUGCUCCAGCCCAGGUCAGCCUACCAGCCUCCCAGUCUGCUCCAACCAGACAACCACCCACAACUACAAUCGUUAUCGAUUCAAAUGGGAAGUCCUUGAAAGAUGAUUCCUUAGACACC